AUGCCUAUCAAGCAAGAAAUCGUCGACCCAACAUACGUUUAUCAGAACACUACUACUAUCGUCCAAACAAACACAAUUGAUCAUAUGAUUCCUAUAAACGAUGGUCUUGGUUCUUAUUUUGAUAAUAUAGAAGGAGCAAGUCCUUUCAAGAAGAUGAAAGUUGGCAAUAGUAGUGGUAUUGUUGCACCUAUAUCGAUUCGUUCAAAGGUUGAUAAUCAUUCUUUACCUGUUUCAACUAAUGAAUUGGUUGCUUUUCCUGUUAAUAUUCCAAGUUUUAAACAAUUUUGGAAAGCUGGAGAUUAUGAUGGAACGAAUGGAGGUUUUUUCGCGGCUGGUCAUGAUCAUACAGUUGGCAUGGAUCAUGUGAGAGUUCACCCGAAAUUCUUGCAUUCAAAUGCCACAAGUCAUAAAUGGGCUUUAGGAGCUUUUGCUGAGCUUUUAGAUAAUGCUAUGGACGAGGUUUGCAACGGCGCUACCUACGUUAGCGUAGACGUGCUGGACAACAUGAAACAGAAGGGAAAAAUGUUGGUGGUUGAAGAUAAUGGUGGUGGAAUGACUCCAGAUAGAAUGCGCCAAUGCAUGUCUCUUGGAUAUUCAGUGAAAAGCAGAUUAGCAAAUACUAUUGGACAAUAUGGAAAUGGUUUUAAGACUAGUAGUAUGAGAUUAGGCGCGGAUGUGAUUGUAUUUUCAAGAGGAAGAGAUAGAACAAGCAACACAAUAACACAAAUUGUUGGAAUGUUGUCGUAUACGUUUUUAAGGAGCACAGGGAAAGAAGAUAUUGUUGUUCCUAUGAUUGAUUUUGUGAAGAGGGAGGAAACUUGGGAAAUGUUGAUUCGAUCUUCAGCUGAUGAUUGGAGAAGAAAUUCAGACACCAUAGUACAAUGGUCUCCUUAUGAAAGCGAACAGGAUCUCUUCCAACAGUUUGAAUUUUUGGAAGAUCAAGGUACACGAAUUGUUAUAUACAAUCUUUGGGAGGAUGAAGAAGGAUGUACAGAACUUGACUUUGACGCUGAUCCACAUGACAUUCAAAUACGGGGUGUUAGUCGAGAUGAAAAGAAGAUUCAGAUGGCAACAGAAUAUCCUAACUCCAGCCAUUUUCUAACUUAUCAGCAUUCUUUAAGGAGUUAUGCUUCAAUUUUGUACCUGAGGCUUGCUCCUGGAUUUCGAAUAAUUUUAAGGGGGAAAGAUGUUGAACAUCAUAAUUUGGUAAAUGACAUGAUGUUAUCUGAGGAGAUAACGUACAGACCACAGUGCAUUGGUUAUGAAACAUUAAAGGAUCCAAAUGUUGCAGCUGUAGUAACAAUUGGUUUUGUGAAAGAUGCAAAACAUCAUAUUGAUGUUCAAGGUUUCAAUGUUUAUCACAAGAAUAGGCUAAUUAAGCCUUUCUGGAGAGUGUGGAAUGCUGCAGGGAGUGAUGGUCGUGGCGUGAUAGGCGUCUUGGAAGCUAAUUUUGUGGAGCCGGCUCAUGAUAAACAGGGCUUUGAGCGCACCAUUGUACUUGCUAGACUCGAGGCACGUCUACAAGCAAUGCAGAAGAAGUAUUGGUCCUCAAAUUGCCAUUUCAUUGGUUAUGCUAAGCGUCGCAAUGUAAAGAACAUUACUGUCUCUCCUCCUGAGGAAGAAUCAAACGCUUCUGCUAAAAGAAAAUCAUGUUCCCAGUUUAGCUCCAGUGGCCACACAACAUGUCAUAAUAAAUCUACAUUGAAAUCUACUGGAGAAGAAUGUGAGAAUGUGGCACCAGUUCAUCCUCCAAUACGAGCAAACAAUCAAGCUGUUUCUGUAGAAGAAACUCAGCAAGUGUGUGUACCAAAUGCUUCUGCUAAAAGCAAAUCUUGUUCACAGUUUAGCUCCAAUGGCCACACAACUUGUCUUGAUAAAUAUACAUUGCAAUCUACUGGAGGAGAACGCGAGAAUGUAGGACCAGUUCAUUCUUCAGUACAAGCAAGAAACCAGACAAUGUCUGGAGAUCAAACUCAGCAAGUGUGUGGAUCAAAUAGGCAAACAGUUCAAACUCAGCAAGUGUGUGAAUCAAAUAGGCAAACAGUUCAAACUACAGGAAAAUCAGUAGUGAAGAUGGAAGAAUUUGUGUCCAACUUGAGAGAAGAGAAUCAUAGUACUAAGAUCAGUUUACAGCAGAUUUUGCGCGAUUUGCAGUAUGAAAGAGUGAGGAGUAAGACUCUAGUUCGGAUGCUUUUAGAAGAAAGAAGACGGCGGGAUAAGGAAGAAGAGAGUUUAAGGAGCAGAUUAAAGGAUGCUUCUGUUACCAUAGAACAGCUUCUCAACAAAGUGAGAUUGCUAGAAAGUAGGACAAUCUAUAGUUGCAAAAAAGAAUGGUGAGAUACGAACAAUUGUUGAGAAGUAACAGCAGCUAAAGAACACGCUUCAAAGAUCUGGAUUCUGACUAAUAGCAAGUCCAUUCAAUACUAAGAUGUAUAUUAGCUUUUCUUUUCCAAUUUUCCUAUUAAUGUAAUUGCUUGU